AUGGGAAAAGCGAAAAAAGGAGCGGAUCCACGAUUUAAUAAUGAGACAUUAGCAUUUGUACAAUACCUUGCACAGAAUACUCCACCGCAAGCUCAACUUAUUGAAGUUGAAGCAAUGCGUCAGUAUAUGGAAGACAUUCAUCUAAAAAUCAAUGAAAAACUUCAUGGAACAUUCAAAGGUACAAUAGAAGACAAAACAGUAAAAACUAAUUCUACAGAAAUACCUAUUACAAUCUAUACACCAAUAGAUGUUAAUAAAGACAAAUUAGUUGUUUAUUUUCAUGGUGGAGGUUGGGUUAUUGGUAGCCGAAAAUCUCAUCAAGCAAUAGUUAAUCUCUUAUCUGAUGUGACAAAAACAAUUUGGAUUUCUGUAGAAUAUCGUCUCGGACCUGAAUAUAAAUAUCCUAUUUGGCUUGAUGAUGCAUAUGAUGUUACUCAACACAUUAUUCAAAAUAAAACAGAUUACGGUGUUAAUUCAACAACUAAAAUUGGAGUUGCCGGAGACAGUGCUGGAGGCAUGAUUAGUGCUUCUCUCUCUCGUUCAUUAAAAGGCAUCGAUUUUCAAAUUCUUAUUUAUGCUGCAUUAGAUGUCCUUGGUGAAACACCAUCGUAUAAAGAAUUUGUGAAACCAAUGUAUUUUCUUACGCCUGAACUUAUGAAAUGGUUUUCAAUACAUGGAUAUCAUAAUUUGGAAGAUAUGAAAAAUCCUCGAGUCUCUGCUCUACUCAAUACAACAUUUGAAGGUGUGCCACCAUGUUUGUUCAUAGUUGCUGAUCUUGAUCUUCUUCGAGAUGGAAAUUUAGAAUAUCAGAAAUUACUUGAAAAAGCUGGCGUCCAAACGAAAUUAGUACUUAUGAAAGGCGUCAUUCAUGGAUUUCUUAGUUUACCAGGAAUUUUUUCACAAACAUGUGCAGAAGCAUUUGAUACUAUUCGAGAUUUCAUGGCGUCAAUUUGA